AGUAAAUAAACCGCGUUCCCGCGCACUUGAAUCGGUUCGACGGGACCGCCACAUUCACGGGCAACCCGAACAAGAUGGACGAGCUUUAUUUGGAUAAUAUUGACGAAUUUGUAAACGACCACAACAAGAUAGUGACCUAUAAAUGGCUGAGUCUAACACUUGGAGUCCAUGUCAACACAGCAAAGCAAAUGCUCUACCAUUACCUGGAUCACAAAAGGAAGGAAAGUUCAGCCCAGCUCCAUGCCACCUAUCUUGUGUCGGGGAAGUUUGUGGACAAUGGCCUGACGAGCCACAAGGUGUCAGUUGUCAGAGAAGAGCAACUGGAAGAUUUCAAAACCAAGAUGAGCUUGAUAGUCAGUGUCCAUGUCUACAGUGUCCAGAAAGCUUUACUGAAAGACAGCGGCCCGCUCUACAGCGUUGACUAUGAUGCUGUGAAAGACAAUCUUAAGGACUGCAGCAGAUACAGUGCGAUCCACUGUACCAAUGCGGUGCCCAUGUCGUCUCUGGAGCUGCAGCAGACGAGAGAAAUGGAACGGGCUCCCACGCAAGAGCCUGCAGCAAAAAAGUCUGUCAUGAAUGGAGAGGCUAAUCUAGCUUCAAAACCGUCCACCAAGCCACAAAAAGGCAUCAUGGGAAUGUUUGCAAAUAAAGCUACUCCUAAGAACCAGGACAGCGGCAAAGGGGUUAAGUCGGAACAGAGAGAAGAUGCACCCGUGGUUGAUGCCCCCAAAAGCAAACCAGCUGGAAAACCCAAUCCAAUGACGAACUUCUUUGGGAAUCAAACAUCAAAGAAACCUGGCAAAACUGUGAAGGAGGAAGAAGCACCUCAGUCGUCCUGCACAGCAGAGCAGCAACACCAGAGUUCACGGCCUGUAGCUGCUGCAGUGGAAUCACCAAACGACAUUAAGAAAGAUUCCAAGAGCAAAACCAAGCGAAUUGAAGAUUCUGACAGCGAGGAGGAAAAAAUGAAGAAGAAAAAGAGGCGAAGGAUUAAGAAUCCUGAACCAGACAGCAGCGAUGAAGAUGUCAUUCCAGAUUCUCCUCAGCAGAUGGAAACAAGAGAACCAUCACCAAGUCCUAAAAAGGAGGUCGAGUCUGUUUCACAUUCGCACCAGGGUCUCUCUGAGAUGAAGACAAGGAAGAGGAGACGAGUGCUGAAAUCUCGUACCUUUGUGGACGACGAAGGUUGCAUUGUGACGGAGAAAGUCUAUGAGAGCGAAUCGUACUCUGAGGCAGAAGAUGAUAUUCAGGCCACCAAACAAGCUCCAAAAGAUCCCAUUCCAGCAAAGCUACCAGCAAGUAACAGAGAGGACGAGAAGAAAAGUCAUAAGAAAACGUCUGCUAACGGAAAUAAAGGAACUAAACAAGCCUCCAUUAUGGGAUUUUUCCAAAAAAAAUAACAGUAGGCAGGAUCAGACACUCUGAUUGGCACUACACAACAAGCACUGCUACAGACUUUCUGUAAUGAUCUUAACUGACUCUUAGCUGAAACACAUCUUAUGGACACAUGGACAUGUCCAGUUCAGGACGACAAACAUUUUAAUUUUUGAACGUACCAUUACCAGUUUAAAUGUGAAUACGAGACCUGCUUAAUAAACAUUGUUUGAAACUUAAA